GUGGAGUGUAUAGAGGAACACAGGGGUCUGUACAAGGACUUGAUGAUGGAGAAUCACCGGCCCCACACAUCACUGGGUAAGGGGAGACUGUCAUGUAUUGUACAGGGGAGAGCAGAAGGACCCAGUAACAGAGAUACCCCAGAGAGAUGUCCCCGUCCUCUGUAUUCCCAGGACUGUACAGAGGAGAAUCACAGGAUCCCACAGGAGGAUCAGGGUGAAGCCCAAUUAAAUAAUAUUAAAAUCAAAGAUACAGAGGGAGAAGAAGAGACAUAUGUGACUGAUACAAAGGCAGAAGAUACAGAGGGAGAAGAAGAGACGUAUGUGACUGAUAUAAAGGCAGAAGAUAUAGAUGGAGAAGAAGAGACGUAUGUGACUGAUAUAAAGGCAGAAGAUAUAGAGGGAGAAGAAAAGACGUAUGUGACUGAUAUAACGGCAGAAGAUAUAGAUGGAGAAGAAGAGACGUAUGUGACUGAUAUAAAGGCAGAAGAUAUAGAGGGAGAAGAAGAGACGUAUGUGACUGAUAUAAAGGCAGAAGAUACAGAGGGAGAAGAAGAGACGUAUGUGACUGAUAUAAAGGCAGAAGAUAUAGGGGGAGAAGAAGAGACGUAUGUGACUGAUAUAAAGGCAGAAGAUAUAGGGGGAGAAGAAGAGACGUAUGUGACUGAUAUAAAGGCAGAAGAUACAGAAGGAGAAGAAGAGACGUAUGUGACUGAUAUAAAGGCAGAAGAUAUAGAGGGAGAAGAAGAGAUGUAUGUGACUGAUAUAAAGGCAGAAGAUAUAGAGGGAGAAGAAGAGACGUAUGUGACUGAUAUGAAGGCAGAAGAUACAGAGGGAGAAGAAGAGACGUAUGUGACUGAUAAAAAGGCAGAAGAUAUAGAUGGAGAAGAGGAGACGUAUGUGACUGAUAUAAAAGCAGAAGAUACAGAGGGAGAAGAAGAGACGUAUGUGACUGAUAUAAAGGCAGAAGAUAUAGAGGGAGAAGAAGAGACGUAUGUGACUGAUAUAAAGGCAGAAGAUAUAGAGGGAGAAGAAGAGACGUAUGUGACUGAUAUAAAGGCAGAAGAUAUAGAGGGAGAAGAAGAGACAUAUGUGACUGAUAUAAAGGCAGAAGCUAUAGAGGGAGAAGAAGAGACGUAUGUGACUGAUAUGAAGGCAGAAGAUAUUGCGGGAGAAGAAGAAACGUAUGUGACUGAUAUGAAGGCAGAAGAUACAGAGCGAGAAGAAGAGACGUAUGUGACCGAUAUAAAGACAGAAGAUAUAGAGGGAGAAGAAGAGACGUAUGUGACUGAUAUAAAGGCAGAAGAUACAGAGGGAGAAGAAGAGACGUAUGUGACUGAUAUAGAGACAGAAGAUACUAAGGAAGAAGAAGAGACGUAUCUGAAGGGUGAUCAGCAGUGUAAGGAGGAGGAGAUCCCUACAGAUAUCAGCACAGAUGGACACACAAGCAGGAAUAUCUCAGAAGGACAUCUAAUGUUAUCCCCGGAUUGUGACAUAAAAGAUAAUGACAGUAUACAGGAUUCUCCAGGAGAUAACCCCAUUACCCCAAUGAUACAUCCAGCUCUAUCAGCUGGUCCUUCUGAUCCUGGGAAGUGUUCUCCUGAUCACUCUGAUAUUGGUGCAUCUGUUACAGCUCUGAGAGUAGAUACAGUGAUUCCCUGUUCUAUAGAUGCCAAAUGUUUUACACAGAACACAAAGCGUAUUAACCCACACACAGGUAAGGAAGGUGAGAGGCCACUGAUAUGUUCAGAGUGUGGGAAAUCUUUUGCAUGGAAAUCACAUCUUGUUAGACAUCAGAGAAGUCACACAGGCGAGAGGCCAUUUUCUUGCUCUGAGUGUGGGAAAUGUUUUGCACACAAAUCACAACUUGUUAGACAUCAGCGAAGUCACACAGGUGAGAGGCCAUUUCCAUGUUCUGAGUGUGGGAAAUGUUUUGUAAGUAAAUCACAUCUUAUUAAUCAUGAGAGAAGUCACACAGGUGAGAGGCCAUUUUCUUGCUCUGAGUGUGGGAAAUGUUUUGCACUCAAAUUAGAUCUAGUUAGACAUCAGAGAAGUCACACAGGUGAGAAGCCAUUUUUUUGCUCUGAGUGUGGGAAAUGUUUUGCACUCAAAUCAGUUCUUGUUAGACAUCAGAGAAGUCACACAGGUGAGAAGCCAUUUUCUUGCUCGGAGUGUGGGAAAUGUUUUGCACAGAAAUCACAUCUUAUUAAUCAUGAGAGAAGUCACACAGGUGAGAAGCCAUUUUCUUGCUCGGAGUGUGGGAAAUGUUUUGCACAGAAAUCACAUCUUGUUAUACAUCAGAAAAGUCACACAGGUGAGAAUCCAUUUUCUUGCUCUGAGUGUGGGAAAUGUUGUCUAACAAGAUGUGAUUUACUUACACAUCACAGAAGUCACACAGGUGAGAAGCCAUUUCCAUACUCUGAGAAAUAAAUCAUCUCUUGUUGCACACAAUAGACAUCACUCAGGUGAGGAACCAUUUUAAUCUUCUGGAGUAUACUUAUCAUUGCCAUGCGUUGUUCUUCAAGGUUCUUAUCCUAUCCUAUGCUUUUUGCAAUAUACAUGCUACCGGUGGGUGAAAUAAUCUUCACACCACGUACAGCAAUAUAUGCUUUAUGGCAGGCAUGUCCAAACUGCGGCCCUCCAGCUGUUGAGAAACUACACAUCCCAGCAUGCCCUGACACAGCUUUAGCAUUCUCUGACAGCAAAACUGUGUCUGGGCAUGCUGGGAUAUGUAGUUUCACAACAGCUGGAGGGCCGCAGUUUGGAUAUGCCUGCUUUAUGGGGUGCUAGGCUGUGUGCACAUAGCAUAUGAGCAGCAACCACAAUUUGGGACAGCACCUUUAAGCGUAUUUUCUUCUAAAACACACUUACGGGACAUAUUAUGAAAGAUCUAUUUCUGGAAAUAGUUAUCAUGGUAACACAUGCCAGGUGAUUUUUAAUGGUUGUUGAAAUUAGGAAAAAUGUUAGAUGACAUGUAUACGUGAAUUUUACAUAGUGAAAGUAGUUUGUUAAAAAAUAAUAAUAUUUUGUCUUGAAUAAAACCAGAUGGUUAUUUAUUA